GUUAUCAGUUUUGUUCUGCUGAUGCCGCCUUUGGUUUUCUCAAGAGACCUUUAUCUAACUACCAAUGGCGGGAUUUGUACGUCACCAUGCUCCCAAGAAAACACUGACUAUUUCUGGUGCUGGCAGGAAGGCUAUUUGGAUUAUAAAUGGGACUACUGUUCUCCGCAUGAAGGUUAUGAUAACUAUUACUCUAAAUGUGAUUCACCUUGUAGAACCUAUGGAUACAGCUAUAGGUGGUGCAAAAGACCACAAGGGGGCUGGAGAUACUGCGGACACAUCACAGAAGAGUUUGAGAAACGAAAUACAAGAUAUGGGAAACAGUGUGUGAGUAACUGUGAUAUUAAUAAAAAAGAGACGUAUUUUCAAUGUUAUGAUGUAAACAAUGACUAUGAGUACUGCUCUCCAUCUAAUUAUGUGACCAUAAAAGGAGAACCAUGUCGUCUAGACCACCCUUGUGAUUUCUAUGAGUCUAAGUACACCUGGUGUUACACAGAUGAAAAGAAUAACUGGGAUUACUGUGGGAAAAUAAGCAGUGACUGUGAAAACCUUAUUCAUUUGUCCAAACGAAUAAAACGCCAGCCUGGAGAAGAAGAGCUUUGUAGAAUAGUGGAUAGUGGAAAUAGACGUGUUACAAUUCUUGUAGCAGUUCGAGAAAGCAGACUCGGAAGGUUCUCUCGAGAUCAGUUUACGGACGCAUGCCAUGUUAUUAAUAUGGUAAACGCAGAUACUACUUUUUCAACCAACCCUGGUACAAUGUUUAGUUACGAAACUGUAAGACUUGAUAUGCAAGGAACCUUUGCGCAUGAGGGUGUUAGGUAUUUUAACAUACAAUUACAGUUAAAUGGCCAACGACAUGGCCAAUCAAGUAUUGCCCAAGUACUUUUUCCUGAAAAUUUAGAAGUCACUCGAUACUUCCGAUACAUACGAAGAGCUCUACAUACAAGCAUGCAAGGUGCCUACAAUGAGGUUCCAGUAAAAGUUUUUAUACAGAUAAUAAAUAUAUAA